AUGUCCAAGUCUGCCUACUACGCGCAAACGUCCUCUGCUCCCCCUCAAUACUCCCAGCCCCCUCCUCAGUACUCUCGCCACCAGCCGUCCUCGUACGAGCGUGACGACUACUACGAAGAGAAGCGCCGCUACCAGGAGAGAUCUCGCUACAGCCCUCAGGACAACUACGACUUUGCUCCUCCUCGGGGUGCUCCUCCCGCUCAACGCCGCUACGACGACUACGCUCCCCCUCAGGGACCCCCUCCUCGCGGCUACGACAACGGCUACGACAACCAAUAUAACAACCAAUACAACAACCAGAACCAGCAGCUCCAGCAGUACAACAGACGAUCGCAGUCUCCCCAGAUGGCGCCCGGUCCCCUCUCCCUCCCCGUGGUCAUCCCGCAACAGCGUCCCGGAUCGCCGGAGCGCGGCUUCAUGGCCGCCUACGCGCCCAUGCUCGAGUCCGCCGGCAUCGACCAGCGCACCUUCAUGUCCUUCCUCGACGAGUUCAACACGGCCAUGCAGGGCAACAAGUUCCUCGCGGGCGUCCAGGUCGUCUCCUUCGGCGUCGGCUUCACCCCCGAGAUCAUCACCACCUGCGUCGCCACGGCCGUGCAGAUGGGCGCCCACGUGGCCAACAAGGGCUACGUCAAGCACAAGACCAACUCGACGCUCGACAAGUUCAACAAUGAGGUGUUUGGCCCGCGCGGCCUCUUUUGCAUGAUCAUGAAGUACGACCCGAUCGGCCAGGACCCGGCCGCGCUCGCCGAGAAGGCUGCUGCUGCCAACAACGGCGGCGGUCUGAUGAGCAGGUUUGGCGGCAACAACGGCCAGAAGAACUGGCUCAAGGACCCCGUCUCCGGUACCUCGGACGGCAUGAACUCGCUGCCCUCGGCCGUGGCGCCCCUCAUCUACAUGGACGACCGCCGCGCGCACAAGGAGUACCUCGCCAACGACGGCAACGUCUCCCCCGUCAGCGACAAGCCCGCCGCCGGUCCCGUCACCACCAAGCAAAAGGCCAAGAGCGCCUUUGAGAACUUCAACGACUACCUGGACCGCCGCGCGCGUGCCAAGUACGCCUCGGAGAACCAGGGCGACAUCCUCAACACGCCCCUCACCAAGGGCUUCUCCAACAAGUUCCUCGACCCCAACUCGUCCAUGAACAACGGCGGCCUGCUCGGCUUCAUCUCCGGCGGCGCCCUCGCGCAGGACCCCGAGACCCGGCGCCUCAAGAAGCUCAAGAGCCUCGGCCAGGAGGAGGAGCGCCUGCGGGAGGAGUACCAACAGCGCGUCGACCAGGUCCACCAGCAGAGGCAGAGCACGCGUGAGACGGAGCGCCAGAUCAAGUACAUCGACCGCGACUACCAGCCCCGCUUCGCCGAGUUCCGGACGAAGCGCAGGGAGCUCGAGAUGGGCCCGGAGCGGUCGAUCAAGGAGAACAUCCUGUACCUGACCAUUGUCAACCGCCCGUCCGACUCGCAGCUUGCCGCGGCGACGGACAAGAUCAACCACGGCUACGUCAUGCCUGGUGGUCCUCAGGGUCAGGUUCUGUGA